AUUUUUGUUGUGGGCCGUGACUUGGGCUUCCUGCGCGUUGUCUUGAUUCGCUCCUGCUCGCGUUCUUCUUUGUCCGGUGUUUCUUCGGUGCGCGCAUCGUUCCUACUCACGUCCUGCAGAGUUAACAAGUGGUGAUUGUUCUAUUCAAAGAUUUUUUGAAUCCGAAUGGGUUAUCUUCAAUUUGGAAGACAUGGUAUUAGGCAAAUCAUUAGAUUUAAAGACGCCGUUAAUGAUAGUGUUGUGGUAAACCCACUCUUGUAUGCAUCUCAAGGACUCAGAUACAACAGGAAGCUCCAAGUCAUCCUUACAACUGACAUAGAUAAGCUGGGAAAGGCUGGUGAUACUGUCAAAGUUGCCCCUGGAUAUUUUCGCAACCAUCUCAUGCCAAAGCUUCUUGCUGUCCCUAACAUUGAUAAGUUUGCUUAUCUCCUCACCGAACAGCGCAAGAUUUAUCAACCUACUGAAGAAGUAAAACAAGAAGAUGUUAUUCUUGUUAGUGAGUCAAAGGAAGAUAUGAUGAAAGAGUAUGAAAAGGCAGCCCUGCGUCUUGAUAAAGCUAAGCUGGUCUUGCGGAGGUUAAUUAAUGUUCAAAAAGCGAAGUUGCGUGAAUCAAAAGAUGACCCCUUGGAGUUACGCAUACCAGUGACGAAAAAAGCUCUUGUGGCUGAGAUUGCAAGACAACUUUGUGUGAACAUCACACCUGAGAAUCUACAUCUUCCAUCACCUUUAUCGACUGUUGGAGAAUAUGAGGUGCCACUGCGUUUACCAAGGUCCAUCGCUUUACCAGAGGGCAAGCUUAAUUGGACAUUGAAAGUUAAAAUCCGAAGUAAAUAAAUUAGUUAUCUUUUUGAAUCCAAGUUCAUGAAUGUUUUGGUUUAUACUGAUAAAUUCAACCAGAGGAUUGUAGAAGUGUAAGCCUUUUCGAAACAUAUUUUUGUUGGUAACAUUUCCUCUUUUAAAAACUCUGCUUGUCAAAUAUUUCUGACUUGCAAAUGAUUUUGAUCAUGUUUUAUCAUCCAGUCCGGUCUUAAACACAGCCAUCUUCCUAUAUUUAUUCCAAUUUGGACUUUGGUGGACCAAUUUGCAAUUUAACCCUUCAGAGGGAGUAAUACACUUAUCAAUUCAA